AUGCGCCGCGCUCGAGCGUGGACGCGACCGGCCGAGUUCCUCGUGUACGUCGUGCCUGUGGGCGACGCCAUGCCGGCAUCUGUCCUGGCCUCGUACACGCGUCUCUUGCAGGCGCAUUGCGUGCUCUCUCUGCGCAGUCUCACGCGUCCUGGGGGCUACGCCGCUGAGCUCUCGCCCUUCGACGGCUUUUCAUGGACUGGCUCGGGGUCGCUGCGCUUUCGUUUCGUGUCCAUUGCUGCAGAACGAGUUGAAAUGUGCAAUGGAGAAGACGUGCACGCGAGUCACCGCGUCAUUGGCGUGCUGGGCAUAUGCCAUUGUCCGUCGCUCGUGCACGGCACGGGACUGCAGGUCGCGUAUACGCAAUUCCAGGCAUCAGUACGACUCUUUCCAGCGCUGCUCGUGCACAAAUUGUUUGCUUUUGAGCACAGUUUUGAAGACGUAGGUGCCGUACGAGAGUACGAGCGUCUGGACGAUCUCGUGAUGUUCCCGAUGCACCAUGAGCUGCAAGGCACGGGAGAGUCGACUGUGAGUCUUCACUUCCAGGUCGUGAUGAACACGUUGGCGGUGCACAUUCUCAUGUCGCUAGAAAGCACAAUUCGAUCGGUGACGUCGUCGCUGGCAGUGGCUAAUGGCUUGACGUCUGCAGCAGAUUUGGAGUUGGCAGAUUUAGCAGGUCGAGAGAAUCUUGCUAGUGUAUUAUUGGACGUCAACGUUGAGCCGCAGCAGACACACGAUAUGCAGUGUUCUCCGCUGGUACUUUCAAGAGAUGGAAGAAACGGAGGUGACUCGUUUGAUGUGGUUUCGAGUUCCGACACCCGCUUGACAGGUUCAUUGUUUUCUUCUUCUUCCGUUCCGUCACCGCUGAGUGCUGCUAAGGUGACGGUGGAGCCAACGCACUGUAAUCGGCGGCGAAAGCGACAAGUUGCUCGCAGAGAAAAGCUUGUGGGUGACUACAAUGUCCUUGUAAGCUGCAUCUCGAGUGCAAUGCGCCACUACGUGGCAGCAAUCGAGAUGCUGCGCGAAGAAGAGCGACGCAGUGGCGGUGCUCCAGGAGACGCUUUGUGGCUGGCCGCCGCGCUGGAGGGAUAUGUAUAUUGCUUGUACACUGAGUCACAGAACAAGUUUUCUGCUGAACUUGUGGAGAAAGCAUCGGAGGCCGUUGCAUUUUACGCAAACGCAGGCACGACAGAGCUUGAAAGUCUGCUUAUUGAGAAUAUGGGGUGGUACUACGCAGGUGUGGCGAUGUCAACGUGCGCAUCGAUGGCAGGAGACGCAAGGAUGUUAGAAAGUGUCUGGGUGAAGCGCUUGCUCUGGGACGUGUUGGAAAGAGGGAUGAUACUGUUUCCAGACUUGCAAUCCCAGCGUCAAGUCGAGUUCUUGAUACAGGCGAGUCGCAUGCUAGAGAUGGUAGGUCACCACCGACGUGUUGCGCUCUUUCUCCACGAAGCUGCAUCUCUUUUGUUAGCCCGCAACGCAAGCGUACAGCCGCUAUCACCCACUUGCUCAGCAAAAGGACAGCAGUGGAACAGAGAUUUGAAGGCUGCUCUAAUAUUGGAACAAAUGGCGGCGGAGCAGUUGGGCAUCCAAGGUUUGAGUAUCCGGAAAGGCGAGUUUCUACCAUGGGAAGUCACAUCACAGUACCGAAAGAAGGGUAGAGAAACAACGUUUGCGACGGACGGAUCGACGGAUAGUCCAGAUAAUUCAUGGCUGGUCAUUCGCUUCCAUGUGCUUCGGCAACUCUUGACCAUAGCAAGGAUGUUGGGUGACGCCCUUCUUGUCGGAACAUAUUGUCUCCAGAUAUUAGAGAUGCUCGUGUGGUGUGAUUCGGUCGCUCGACAGCCGAAAGUAGGCCACCAGUCAUCACCGGCUUCGAGAGAAGCGUCUGGUGUUGAUGCAAAAUUGGUAGUAGACGACGCCCAGCAACCCGCUGCUUCGCUUCGUAAUAGACGUCAACAUGUGGAGCGGGUACCAGCCAACCUUCACUCCAAGAGCGGCCUUUUGGCUUCUCCACCUCCAGGUAUUGACUGCAGAAUCAAGCGCAACGUCUCGAGAUCUCCCUCUGUAACCAUAUCGAAUGCAGCGGCGUCACUGUCGUCGACGCUGUCGAACACACCGCGACUUUUGGCAACACCACGACAGCAUUUUUCUGCCGCUGUGAAUGCACUAUCUACGAGAGCCUCUCCGAGUUUCAUGCCGUUUUCUCAUGCGUAUCAUCAUCACAUUGAGGCCAUGUCUGACUGUCCGGAUGGUGUAGAAGAUUGCACGUCCACUGCAACCACUUCGGAUCCGAUGGAAGUCAAGAGCGUCAGUGAAGACGGAGAGGAUCGAUCCGGCAGUUCCCUACUACCGUACGCUGCCGAUGGCAAGCUAGAUGAUACGUGUGCACUUGAUGCAAUGAACGUGCCUAUUUCUCCGUGGGAUCUACGAUCAAAGUCCCAUAUUGUGAAGAUUCAACGAAGAUUGCUAAACGUGCUUGAGUCCGAUUGCGGCGUGCUGCAAACUAGUGCACAAGUACAGCUGCCCACUUUCCUGCGAGUGGACAGGCUGGAGUUAUGUGCCAGCUGUAAUGUGCAGGAUCCUUUUCUUUCCCGAGCGACGGCGCUUAGAAUGUUUGGAGUGCAGUCCACAUCCAGCCAGCAAGCGGUGAAGCGAGACUUUUUCUACUCACCGUUUGAGAAGCGAAAGACGCGAGAAACAGGUCAGCGCAAAUGCAGUGACGAACAAGACGCUAGUGGUGCCAUGCCUGAUGUAUUUGAAAAAGGCUUUUCGGUCUACGAGCGGAUCGAGGUGCAAUUGACCCUGUCCAAUCCAACGGGUAUUCCAGUCAAGCUCCAGGAGGUUAAAGCGUGGGUUACGUUUGUAGAGGAAAAUGACGAAUCUGCUGAAAAGAACAGCAGCACAAAGGUGGCUUCAAAUGACGGUGGCGUUGAGUGCUACGCUUGUUCUUUCACGUUGGAACCGUAUGAAAAGCACAAAGCUGUGAUGCUGGAAAUUCAGCCAUUUAGAGCGGGCACCUUCCACGUUCGUGGGUGCUUCAUGAAGGCACAUAAUAUCACGACAUCAUUUGAACUAGAAACUCCCGUCCGUGUACGAGUAGUGGAUGAGCUACCGAUGGUAUCACUAUCUCUUCGUGAACAAAGCACGAUGACGCUGGCGAAUGGUGAAAUGAAGGCCAAGUCGAGAGAACCUGCUACGAGCACGAUGCGACCUGCAAUGUUUUCGUCCGAGACGAGGCAGUUCGUGCUUUGUAUACGCAGUACUGGAAAUCGUCAGAUUACAAACUGCAGACUUGCAGUUACUGUUCAGCAUCGACAUGCAGCCACAACAACGCAUGUGCUAUUCAAUAACCUGCCAACAGAACAGGGUUCCGUACAGCACGUCCCGGGUGGAAUCACGAAUGGAACGAUAGCCGAUGGGCUCGACGAUGGAGAGAUGAAGACGGAAGUUAUAUCGUUGAGGUGUGGCAAGGUGGCAUCGUCUCCACUUCCGCUUGUAGGCGGCGAUUCUGUAACGGUCCCGUUUCAGGUGUCACUGCGACACAGGCAUACUUACGAUGAACAAGUGGACGAUGGUAUCCGGAUCGAAUGGAGCUUCGUUUAUGGUAAUGAGACACAACACACCGGUGCAUACGAUGGUGAAAAUACCGCAGAGGAUGUUUUUUAUCGAGAAAGCAAACUCGCAUUCGAGAUCGUGCGUCUUCCGUCUAUGAUGCUUCACUCUGUGACGACGCGUUCCUGCUGUGUGGAACAGCUACAGACCAGCUGCAGAUCAUGUGGAGACAGCGCCGACGCAGGUGCUGUCGUGAGAUGUUUACCCAAGAUGGCAACAUCGGACCAUUUGUAUUGCAUGAUUAUCGUGCACGUUGUCAAUCCCACAGAAACAACAUUUCGAUUGCGAUUGCGUCGGGCUGUUGACGGCAGCGAUGACAUCACUUGCGAGGCAGAGAUUGGUCGUCAAUGCUCUCGUCAGCUCGUGAUCGAAGUUCCUCGGCUGCAGUCUUUACCCUUUGGUCAAGGGUCCUCCAACUUGACCGAGGUGUUGAAUGAACUGAUGGAAAUCGAAUGGGAGACGUGUUGUGGCAUCCGAGGACGACUUCUGUGCGAGGACCACCACAUGGGACAGGCUACUGAGCAUGGCCAACUCGAGCUUUUCUUACCACCCAUUCGGUUCCAGAUUCAGCCCCCGGAUGAAGGCUUUGCGUUAGCUAGUGCUGGUAGUCAACUGCAAAAGGGAGAAGGAGACGUACCCGAAGGCAUCGACGAUAUUCACCGAUUGCGAUUUUUCCAGGUGUCGCAUUUACGGCAUCAGGUGCGGACAUUACACGCCGAGCUGUUCAAAUAUAUCCCGAUUGCUGUCUCGCUCCAGAGGACAGGCGAUAUUGGCAACAAAGAGCACGCAACACUUUGUGUGGAGGUGGAGGUGGUGAUUACUGAUGAAGGAGAUGAGGCUGGUUGCGAGAUGAGCGACCACGUGAUGGUGGUGGGACAACUGAAAUCGCUCGUCCGAUGGGACAGCAGGAUUGAUAGACGCCCAAGACUUCGCGAGAUCCAAUGUAUGUUCUUGUCAGAUGGUAACUUCCGUGUCGCCGUGUGUGGUCGGGUCAUUGGCCUCGGUGAGAAGUAUGUUGGUGGCGAGAUUUGGUGCCAUCAGCCGCUGUACGUAUGCGCCCGAUCACAAGAGGCUAUCAUUGCGGAGAGAACUGCGCAAGUAUUUGAGUUAGCAACGCGAGUGUCAUGA